GAGAGAGAAGCUGAAAGGGCAGAACCAAUGGGCGCAGGAGUUACGGUAUCCCGGAUACGGUGUAAACAGUGGCGGCUCUGCCAGCCCGGCAGCCAGGGACCUUAGGGUAACCGUUGCAGACCCUGGCCUGGGCCAGGUGUUGGCUGCCCCCGGCCGGCUGAGAAAUAUCUGGGCCAUGGCGCAAGGCCGGGAGCGAGAUGACGUCCACAACGUCGCCCUUGGCGCGUCUCUGUCCGUGAGAUGGGUGCAAGGAUUCCCCAAGCAGAAUGUUCAUUUUGUCAACGACAGCACCAUUUGCUACCCUUCUGGGAAUUUUGUAAUAUUUAUCAAUAUUGAAACCAGGAAAAGAACUGUACUCCAGUGUAUGAAUGGAAUUGUGGGUGUCGUGGCAACUAACAUUCCUUAUGAAGUUGUGGCUUUUUCUGAUCGACGGCUAAGACCACUCAUAUACAUAUACAACUUUCCUGGAUUAACCAGAAGGACCAAAUUAAAAGGUAACGUUCUCCUAGACUACACUUUACUUUCCUUCAGUUACUGUGGCACCUACCUGGCUAGUUACUCCUCCCUUCCAGAAUUUGAACUGGCCCUCUGGAACUGGGAAUCAGGUGUCAUUUUGUGCAGGAAGUCACAACCCGGUAUAGAUGUGAGCCAGAUGACUUUUAACCCCAUGAAUUGGCACCAGCUGUGCUUGUCAAGUCCAAGUGCAGUAACUGUGUGGACCAUCGAAAGAAGUAACCAGGAACAUUAUCUCAAAGCAAAGUCAGUAAAACUGCCUUUGGAAGAUGGAUCAUUUUUUAAUGAGACAGAUGUCAUUUUUCCCCAGUCGUUGCCCAAGGAUCCUGUCUAUGGACCUGUGCUCCCUGUGUCAGCCAUUGCCGGACUCGUGGGUGAAGAGGCAGAAACUUUCAGGCCUAAAGAUGAUCUGUAUUCUUUGCUUCACCCGACUAUGCACUGCUGGACUCCAACAAGUGACCUGUACAUUGGCUGUGAAGAGGGUCACCUUUUAAUGGUUAAUGGAGAAACCCUGAAGGUAACUGUGCUUAAUAAGAUAGAAGACGGACCACCAAGGGUUGAAAGAAAUCUUAUCAGUCCAGUCACCAUGGCGUAUCAGAAGGGAGGCGUGCUUGCUUCUGGAAUUGAUGGCUUUGUGUAUUCUUUACUUAUUAAAGAUACAAAUUACAAAGUAGAGGAUUUUCUUGAGGUUGAAAGGCCGGUGGAACAUUUGAUGUUUUCUCCUAGUUACAGAAUGUUGCUGAUUCAGACAGACAAGGUUCUUCAUGAUGUGGACUCCACUCCCCAGCCUGGCCUUAUCUCCCACGGGUCUUCUUGUUCACCCUGCUUCAGUCAUGCUGGCCAUCAUGGGUCUAUUUUUAUUUAUACUUUUGGUGAGGAGCCAACCUUUGAGAAAGUCCUAGAGGCUUGUGAUGGGAAAUUUCAGGCAACAGACUUUAUCACACCUGGAAAUGAAUUCUGCAUGACACUCACACAGUCAGGGGAAGUUUGUGUUUGGGGUAUAGAGGAUGGUGCUUGUGUCAGCAGGAUUUAUCUGAAUAUCCAAGCAACAGUUCUGGCUUGCUCUCCAUCGUCCCUGUCUGCGGCCGUGGGGACUGAGGACGGCCGUGUCCACUUCCUCGAUGUCCGGGAUGUCGAAUCCCCUCAUGAAGUUCAUAAGGCCUUUCUCUCUGAAUCACCUGUGCAGCACCUCCUGUAUGACCAGAGAGGAAUGUAUAUAUUAGUUGGAACAUCAGAAGGACACAUCUUUGUUAUCAAUGCCAAACCCUCAAGUUUAUUUGAGAUUCUUGGAUUCAUAGAGAUGGGCAAAGGUAUUUUACAAAUAUCCACUGUGUCUCCUUUGGAAACAGACAUAGUAGAAGUGAUGGUGCUUUCCCCACUUCCAGAAACAAGAAGAAGCAGGCUGGAAAUAUUUUCUCUGCCUAAAAUACUACCAGAAGUUUCUGCAAGCUUUGCUGAUGAACGAGGGAGGCUGAGAGAUGAAUUCAUUCAUAAGUUUGUGUAUGAGACAGAGCACACUCUGUCCUCUGCAGUCCUGAACUUGCAUAGUAACCGAAUAUAUGGCUUCUGUAACCAAGUGCCAUACAUCUGCAGCUAUCUUCUUCCUGAAAAAGAACAUAGUGGUGUUCACAUUCUUAAGCCAUACCAAAAAAUACAAAGCAAACAAUAUGGACCUGGAAUGCUCUCUCUGUCUCCACAUGGAUUGUGGCUCAUAACAAUAGCUAAAUGUGGAAUUCUAUGUAUCCGAGAUGUUCAUACUUUGGAAACAUUUACUCGGUGUCGGAGUCAUUCUCACCAGGGGCACGGGAUUCAAUCGGUGAGAAUUUCAAUGGAUGGACAAAGCAUUCUGGUGAAUGGGAGAGAUGACAACACACUGGUUAACCUAAGAUGGAGGCGGUUUGGAGGAAUCUUAGCCAAUGAUAUUCUUGAAUAUAGCCAGCAACUUACAACUUACCUGAAGACCAUCAUGGAUGAGGAGAAUGAUUAUUUAAGUAUAGCAAGAAGAGAAUCCUUGGAUUUGGAAUCAGAAUCUGAACAUGCAGUAACUGAGAAUAUGCAGUUAAGCACUGAUUCAUCACAAGAGGAAUUAGUCAAAGUUGGUAAUAUAGAAGAAAUUCCGUGGAUACAACAGAAAAGCCAAGAGGCCAUCAAAAAUGAGGUUAAAUUGUUUUCCAACAAAAGGAAAGAGAUAAAAAGAGGAAUCAAAGCACUCGCUAAAACUGUUCUUGACAUGAUGGAAGAAAAUGAAGCAGUAGAUGAUAUUGCAAAAUUAGAGCAACAAGAAUUUGGCCUGGAUCUUGAAGAACUGGAAAGGCUGCGUAAUGAAAAUGAGCAAGAAGUGGAAAAGAUAAGAAAGGAUGUUGAGAUGCAAAACCUAGCCAAGAGAUAUUUGGCUGAAAUCAUCAAAGAAGAAUGCUGGAAUUCAAUGGCUGUGAAAGGCCGAGCUCUUAAGUGCUUUCACAUCCCCUAUGUGGUUGAGAACUUCCCAAUGAAAGAACGCACAGAUGAGGAGAUGAAAGAAUUGAAGAGAGUUUUGCAGCAAAAGAAGAUUGAAACAGAGUGUCUUAAACUACGGAAAGAAAUUGUAGAGGUUCAGUCUGCAAUUACAUUGGUUAAAAAGCAUCAUGAAGAGGAGGAUGAAGAAGAGGAAGAAGAUAGCACAGUAAAAGAUAACAGCUUGCCCAAUUACAUGCUUGGCAGUCUGAGUACUGAUUUUAGGGUACAUACCUCUUUAUUGUCAAGCCAAUUGGAACUUCAUUCCAGAGAGGAGAAAAUCAACCAAAUUAUAUUGCUGAAAGAUAUUAUUUACAAGGUAAAAACAGCUUUCAAUAGUGAGUUUGAUGCCGCAUAUAAACAAAAAGAGAUUGAAAUUGCACGUGUGAAGGAAAAAAAUGUAAGGAUUAAAGAAAUUAUUUUAGAUCUGCAGUUGGAAGAAUCAGUCUGGCAACCAGAAUUCGAGGACUGUGAAAAGCCAGAGAGAACACUUGUUGUGGAAAGUAGUGAGAUUUCAGCUCAAAGACAUAUUAAACCGUGGCAAAAAGCCAAAACAGACUUGCUUGUGACCCGUGAAAUGGAGCGAUUGCUUCUGACACGGGGCCCUGACUCAAGACGCCGAGCCCUCAUGGACAUGAUGGGAGGAGUUCUGGAAGUCAAGAAGGAAGACAUUUUGAGAAUGGUGAUUCCUCAGCCUCCGUUCAUGGUAAAACCUGAUGCUUUGUGGUCUGAAGAGGAAAGGAAGCUCUACAAAGAGUAUGAGAAAAAAGUCAAGGAGUUAAAUGAAGAAAGAGAUAAGUAUAGAAAGUCUUUAGAAACAGAAAUGAAGAAACUUCAAAAUUCUAUUCAAGAAGGCACACAGAAUUUUGAUGAACAUUUGAAAAGACUCUUUGAAAGGAGAGUGAAGGCAGAGAUGGUUGUCAACCAGGAGGAAUUGAAAAUAAACAACCUUAUUUUCUCUUUGCUGUUGGAUGAAGAAAUAAGCUCUAGAGAAACAUUCCUGAACAACUACCUUGCAAGGAAGCAGGAGGAGAGGAACCAGACCACAGAGGCCAUCCGGAAGUCUAGAGAAGACCUGGAUACGUAUAAGGAACACUAUGACAACUUACUGGCGGAAGACAAAGUUCUGGAUCGCAGCUUUAAAAAGGAAUUUUCUGAAAUUCCCAGUCAUCAGGUGGAUAUACUCUACAAACUUUUUAAACGCCGACCAAGGAUUCACAAACACAAAAUACAUGCAGAAACGACCAGUCUUGUGCCUUUUGGAGAGCGACCAGGAUCUGGGAAAUUGAAUAAGGAUGCCUUUGACCAGUUAAUGAAAGCCAUGGAUGACUUGGACAGUACUAAUAAUAUGCCAGAAGGCUUGGACACCUCUGUCUGGGAACAUUUCUGCAUGACCAGAAGAGCAAAAGUGGAAAAUGAACAGAAAGUAAAGCAGAAAGCUGCUGGCUUAAUAGAAAUGGUGGCUUUCCUCCGGAGAAGAACUGAGGAUGAUGAGAAGGUGCAACAUGAAAUUGAAAAAGUGUUCCAUGAGCUCAUCCUAUUACAGGAAGAGAAAGUGAAAUUCCAGUUGAAUUUGACGAUCCAAAUCCUCCUUAAACAAGGACAGGUAGAACUGGAGAAUUUCCAGUUAAUGCUGGAUUAUUCUGAUGCAAUCCUCAUCAACAAGAUCAUAAUUGAAGACUUGAAUUCUGUGAUUCGGACUCAAGGAAAAAAGAAAGUUGCUAGCAUGAUGGAAAGUAAAGAAGUCCAUAAAGGAAUAUUUCAGAUUGAGUGGGAACAUAAGAAGAUGGAGAUGGAAAUGGAAGAUCUAAAUCAGAAGGCUUGGGAUAUUCAGAUGCUGUUUUUUUCAAGAGAUCGUCAAAAGUACCUAAAUGAACCAAACUAUGAGACUCUGAUUGCCAUUCAGAUUGGAAUAAUGGAGCAGACUAUUGCUGUUUUAGAUAAGACCCACAAAAAGAAUGUGGAGAACUGCAAAAAGCUGCUUAAAAAACUGAGAAGGUACAGCAAUCAAAAAGAUAUAGCAAAUUAUACCCUAAGUUGCAAUUUACGAGAAGAGCUGGUGGCUGUCUCAGAGAGAAAAGACAUCUGUAAUGCAAUGGGGUCUAAACUGACCUGUGAAAAGAUUGCCAAAGAACGAUACGAAAACAUGAUGCGACAACAAAAGUUAACAAAAAUUUCAAAACAACAAGCUGAUCAGAUUUCAAUACUACAGGCUGAAGUUGAAAGAUUAAGAAUGAAAACAUUUCCUGCUCUUGUUCAAAUGUAAAAAUACUGUGGAAAAUGUAAGACCAAAUCAAUCAUUUUAAAAAUAAUUUCAUU